CACUCCCUGUUUCUAUAUAAGAAUCCUCCAUUUCUGUUUCCCCUUCUCAAAUCCAACCAAACAAACAAAUCUUCUUCAACAACAAGAUGAAGAUGAACAGCGGCGGCAGCAUUGGAGGUUCCAAAAGGAGGCUUUCCAGCAGCAGAGGGCUGGGCGGAGCUGUAAGAGAGCAAAGGGCAAGGCUUUACAUUAUAAGGCGUUGCGUUAUCAUGCUUCUUUGUUGGCAUGACUGAUUCUUAUCAUUUUUUUUUUUUUUGUACAUCCUACCCCUUUCAUACAAUUCAUUUUCUUCUCCAUUUGGGACACAAUUUUGUAUUGCCUAAUAACAUUGUAAAUGUUGGUAUCAAUUAUUACUAUUAUUCAACCUCUCUAUUAUUCC